UAAACCACAUACAGGGAGAGACAUGCGCCGCCGCAGCGCCCAACUCGCCACCCCUUUCAUGCGGGGGCCAAUCACAGGCGACGGGUAGAGAAAAAGCUGCUGCAAAGAUUUUCCGGGAUGCGCUCAGUUUUCAGUCACUUCAAGUCUUCCAAAGCCACAGCAAGUUGGCCAACGCGCUCAGGAAUCGCCCAGUAGCAGCAAGAUAUAUUUACAUACAAAUUAAAAGCAAUUACCGCCUGCUAAAACGACCCACUAAGUGUCCUUGGCGAGGACAGCGAGGGGCUGGCGAUGGAUGUGGCGCAGAGGAGCCGCCGCAGGGGACCCGGUAAAAAGGGCACGAUAAGCACUGGAAAAUCGCUGGAAAAAUCAAUAUCCGCUCCGUCAGGAGCUCAGCACCAAAUGCAGCCAUAAGCCUACUAAUCAAAAGAAAGAACCAAAAUAAAACACGAGAUCCCAAUGACCUGGAGGGAGGGCUCCGCACCCAGGCAGCCCUUCAAGUGUGCCAGAGGAGGAGUAGCAAUGCAAAUGCACCCGUUGAAGGGAAACCCAGCGCCGGUGGUUGUGGUGGUGGUGGUGGCGCACAGCCCUUGGUUCACCCCUAAGUCAGCAUUGCCAGCCGCUUUCGAGCCGGGGAUUAAGCGCUCAUGUCGUCGUCGUGGUGUCUACUAUUCUAGUGGUUGUUGCAAGUGCUAAGAGUGGAGCCCCAUUGAAGAGGUAUCAGGGCCAGACGGAGUAAUGCUCGAUACCUAAGCCGAAUGAAUGCAACAAAUCACUAAAUAAGUCUUCCAAACAUAGUCAGUAAUUAAUUAGUAUAAGUCGCGAAGUGGAGCAGGCAAGUGCGCGAAGUUGCAGCAGCGGAGUAAACUUAAUAGCCAUAGCGAUCGUAAUUCAAUGUCUCCAAAAAACUAUCCAACGUCUUCCAGAUGAUUAAGGAUUAUUUAAAAUAUCACGGGCCUUGCUAAAUGUAGCCAAAAGUGAAACCAAAUAAAUGCUUAUCCAUCGUCUUCCAAUCGUAACCGAUUAAAUUAUAGCAAAAUAUAUUAAAAAGGAAAAGUAUUUUUGUAUUUAUAUAAAGCAUAAACACUCUGCUAAUCCAUUGUCUUCCAAUUACAUGGAUUUAAACAUAUAUUAACGCAAAAAAAAUUAAAGCAAACGCGAGUUAAAAAUUCAGAGAUUCAGAAAUUUAAAUCCACUGUCUUCCAAUAACAUGGAUAAUUGAAGUUAAAAUAAUGUCUUUUGAUAAUUAACGAAAAUUUAAGUGAAUGUACGCAAACGAAACUGAACUAUAACCUGAAAUCCACUGUCUUCCGCAUACAUGGAUUAAAACUUAACGAUAAAAGCUUAUAAUAAUAAUUAAAAAAAAAUCAUAAGUGAAUAACUUAAAAGCCAACAUGCUCUCCUCGGAGAUCUACAGCAACACUACGACAUCCACGGCUACGGCUGCAGUGGGAAGCACAGCGACUGCCUCGGUGGCCACUGCAUCCACGACAACAACAACAAUGGAAGCCACCACGGUGAAGGUGGUGAAACCGAAGAAACGCCGCAAGCGACGCAAACGCGCAGGUCACGCAAUCACCACCACCACCGCCGCCGUAAAGAGCGCAACCAUCCCCAUUCCCGGUAGCAAACCGAGCAGUCCGCGCCCCCAAACCGGAGAGACCCCCUCCUCUGCUCCGGCUGCCACCUCAAAUGGGGCCAGGAAGACCAAGGCACCCUACUUUCAGCACGACAACCGGGAGUACCUGGCCAGGUACGAGAGCUUCCGAUUGACCGCCCACACGUGGAACUAUGCGGCGGUGGCCAGGAAGUUUAAGCCCUUGCGGCCGGCGUUGGCAAGCGGCGCCAACAAGACCAGGCGACCAGCAGUCUCCAAGAGGACUCAUCCAGAAUGCGCGUGCGCUUGCCAACAGAAGGACCAGGAGCCGGCACUUGAGCCAGCCCAGCGAACAGCUGAGCACUCCAUCCAGAAGGAGCUGCCUUCGUCACAGACGAAAAUUAAUAUCGAUGGCAGCGUCCUGCUCGAGCUGCUCAAGUAUUCCUCGAGCAGCCUGCUGGAGACACUGCUGGGAGCCGGCAGUGCUAUGGCAACAAGGUAGCCACCUAGU